AAUAAUUCCCUCUCACAGUAUACACACUGCACAUUUCGCACCAGGCACUGGCAUCUUCGCAUUUCUCUGCCGACACAAGAAAACAAAAAUCCUUCGCAACUCGCCUUUUCGCCUCCUGUUCUGACAUUAUAUUGCCGUCGUCUCACCUCCACUGUCGUCACCGUCGCUCCAACCUCCGUCGUCGUCGCCUCUUCCCGGCCUCCUCUGCCGCCAUUAAGCUCCUACAGGCAAAUAACCUCCACUGCCGUUCAUCCACCUCCGCAACCUAAAUCUGUCGCCCACAACAGCGUCACUCGUCGCUCUUCGCCGUCGUCACCCACAGCAGCGUCGCUCAUCACUAUUCGCUGUCGUCACCCACAGCAGCGUUGCCGUCGUCGCCCACAACAGCUAGAGCAUAUUUUCAGAAGUAAGGCAGUGAAUUUUCAACCCCAGAAGAAUUUUUCUGCAUCUAGCUACGGAAGAGAUGAAAGAUCCAUAGAAGAAGAGGCUGAAAGGAAAAUAGGGUGGCUGUUGAAACUGAUUUUCGCUGGGACUGCAACAGUUGUAGCUUAUCAGUUUUUCCCGUACAUGGGAGACAAUCUGUUGAAGCAGUCUGUGACACUUUUACAAGUCAAGGAUCCCUUGUUCAAAAGAAUGGGAGCGUCCAGGUUGGCUCGUUUUGCCAUUGAUGAUGAAAGACGGAUGAAAAUUAUUGAAAUGGGUGGAGCUCAAGAACUUGUGAAGAUGUUGGAGGCUGCUAAAGAUGACCGCACAAAGAAGGAAGCUUUAAAGGCUCUUUUUGCUAUCGCAAAAUCAGAUGAAGCUGCUGCGGUCUUGCAAGUCGCUGGAGCAAUAUCUGUUAUCAAGUCCAUCCCUGCUGGUUCCCUCGAGGAUGCUGAAGUUGAGAAGUACAAGUCAAAUUUGUUGAAUAGAUUCCAAGAUCUGAGAUAUGAUAAUGUUAGCUCUGAUCCUUAGAUGUAAUUUUUCUUGUUUCUAUUGCUUCCUUUUAGCCUUUAACUGAAAGAGUAGAAUGUUAGAUAUAUAUUGACUUUUCAGAUGUUGGUUAGCAGCCAGCUAAGUCAGUUUGUCAAAGGCUCCAAUAGCUUUGUAAUUUUAAGAGUUAAUUCAAUUUUUGGUCCUAGAUUUAUAGGUGCGGUUACACUUUUAGUCCUUUUUUUUUUUUUAAAAACAUCCUAUAUUAGUCUUAGUUUUAUUGUGGCGUGACCAUUUUUGGUCCUUUGUUAAUAAAACCGUUAACCUACCGUUAA